GGGUUCCCUGGGCUGAGAUAUCUCAACAGCUUCCCUGAACUUCAUCUCCUUCUCUCCAUUUCUACUCUUCUGAGACUUUGAUUCACCUCCAUCCAACAAUGGUUGACUGUGGUCCAUCCUGCGCUGUCCCAUCCUGCGCUUCCACCCCCACCGUUGGGUUUGGCUCAGCAGGAGGUCUUGGCUAUGGUGGUCUCGGCUAUGGAUUGGGAGGUCUCGGCUAUGGAAAUGGAGGAUUCGGCUACGGAUUUGGUGGUCUCGGCUAUGGAUAUGGAGGUGCUGAAAGAGCAGCCAACCUCGGAGUCCUGGCAGGAGUCAUCCCUUCAUGCAUCAACCAAAUCCCACCAGCAGAGGUCGUGAUCCAGCCACCUGCCUCCGUUGUGACCAUCCCAGGGCCCAUCCUCUCUGCCAGCUGUGAGCCUGUGGCUGUUGGAGGCAACACUCCAUGUGCCGUUGGUGGUUCCGGGAUCGUAGGAGGCUAUGGGGGCUUGGGCUUUGGGUCUGGCCUCCUUGGAAGCUCUGGAGGUUUCGGCUAUGGUUUGGGCUACGGGAGGGGAAGGAAGUUCGGGCGUCGUUUUAGCAUCUGUGCAUAAGCCAAUUAAACCUGAGAAGCAUAUUAUGAACUGAUAAUCAGAGAGCUUGAUAUAGAUCCAUUGGGCAUGGUUCAAAAGAGCUAAAUCCCAGGAUCCACUGCUGAAGUUGAACCCUCUUCAUCCCCCACCUCCUCGCUUUGAAGUCCAGAAAACUAAGAUGCUUAUAUGCUAAAUUUCUUCUGUAUUUCUCAUACAGCUAUCAAUGUCAUUUCUUGAAUCUUUUCAAUAAAGCUUUUGGCGCAUUACAGUAA